AUGUCUGGUGCUCCCUCCUCCAUCCUUAUUGUCGGCUCUGGCGUCUUCGGCCUCGGUACAGCCUGGGCUUUGACCAAGCGACCUCAAUACUCCAACACCAAGAUCACCAUCGUCGAAGAAUGCGCUGGCCAGUUCCCUCCUGAGGAUGGUGCCAGUGUAGACUCGUCCCGAAUCGUACGAGCCGAUUACUCGGACCCACACUACGCUGCGCUCGCCGCCGAAGCGCAGAAGGAAUGGCGAAAGCAAGGCGACGACGAAGUCGGCGGUCAGGGACGGUAUUCCGAGUCUGGCUUUGUCCUUUGCGCAAGCGAAACACCAAAGGACUUUAAGAUGAAGAAGUCAGGCAUGGACUAUACCAAGGAGAGUGCGAAGAACGUCGAAUUGAUCGCGGCGCAAACCGGCCUGCCCAUGGACAAGAUCCAGAAGCUGGAGAGCACCAAAGCACUACAAGAAUUCCUUGGUACGGACGGAUAUCCUGGAGACUGGGGCUACCUAAACGGUAACUCUGGUUGGGCCGAUGCCGGAGAGGGUAUGAAGUGGCUCUACAAGCAGGCCAGUGCCACAGGACGUAUCGAGUUCGUCAACGGCAAGGUCACAGAGCUUGUGACAGAGGGCGACCGCGUUACCGGCGCGAAGCUCAGCGACUCCAAGGUCCUCAAGGCCGAAGUGGUCAUGGUAGCUGCGGGUGCUUGGUCGGGUUCGCUUGUUGACCUUCGAGGUAGAACAGAGGCUACUGGCCAUGCAGUCACAUACAUGGACAUUACACCAGAGGAGCAGAAACGUCUGGAUAACUUCCCUGUGGUGCUAAACCUCAGCACCGGGUUGUUCCUCAUCCCCCCACGAAACAACGUGCUCAAGGUUGCCCGCCACACAUUCGGAUAUAUCAACCCUGUUAAGAUCACCAACGCCCUUCCUCCAUCCCCCAACGACAAGAGAGAGGCUUUCAUCGCAUCUCAGCCCUACACAUCCCGCAACUCUUCGGAAAACCCUCUUUCUGUCGAGGCCGACAAAGAUCUCCGCCGUGCCCUCAAGGACUUGUGUCCUGUCCGUGGCCUAGAAACCCGGCCAUGGAAGGAGGCUCGAAUUUGCUGGUACUCCGACACACGCGACGGCGAGUGGCUCAUAGACUACCACCCAGGUUGGAAGGGACUCUUUGUCGCGACAGGAGACAGUGGACACGGAUACAAGUUCCUCCCCAACCUUGGUGAGAAGAUUGCCGAUGUCCUGCAAGGCCAGGGCGGCGAGCUUGGCGAGAAGUGGCGCUGGAGGGAGAUGAAGAACGAUGGCGUUGGAAGAGAAACAAACGGCGUGUAUAAUGGGUUGAUGACGCAGGAUGGAAGCAGAGGCGGACGUCCCUUGGUAUUGUGCGACGAGCUCGCAAAGGGUAGGGCGCCGGUUGGAGAAGCAAAGGCCAAGCUAUGA